AUGUUCAAUUUUGGUAAGCCUGCAUCGGCUGGCUCCAGUGCUUCUGGUGGUCUUUUUGGUCAAAACAACAAUACUGGUAACACGGGAUUAGGUGGAGGAUUUAGCUUUGGCCAGCCUAAUAAUAAUACUGCAAGUGGUGGUAAUACUGGCGGAGGAUUUUCAUUCGGUAAUCAAAACCAGGGAUCUACAACAGGAGGUGGGUUAUUCGGAGCCAAACCUGCUGACAGCGGCACUACUGGUACGGGAUUCAGUUUUGGUAAACCUGCACAGCCUAAUACUGGGGGCGGAGGUCUCCUUGGUGGCAGUAGCGGUGCAAAUAAUACCGGCUCUGGUGGCCUGUUUGGAAACACUAAUAACAGCGGUGGUGGACUCUUCGGUAAUACCAAUACAAAUAACACUGGAGGUGGAGGUUUAUUUGGGAAUACUAGUAGUAACAACAAUACAACUGGCGGUGGCUUAUUUGGUGGUGCCAAUACUAAUAAUAAUAAUAAUAAUACGAACACCGGAGGUGGCAGCUUAUUUGGUAAUACGAACAAUAGCACAAACACCGGAGGUGGUGGCCUAUUUGGCAACACAAACAACAGCACGAAUACAAAUACCGGAAGUGGAGGGUUAUUUGGUAGCACCAAUACCAACACUGGUGGAGGUGGUCUUUUUGGCAACACUAGCAACAACAAUAGUUCUACAGGUACUGGAGGAGGGUUAUUUGGCUCUAAACCAGCAGGCACAUCGUUGUUUGGUAACACUAACAACAACUCUUCAACGACAGGCGGUGGUCUCUUUGGUAGUAAUGCUGGUGGCAGUGCAGGAGGAGGUUCCUCUUUAUUCGGCAACCCUAGCAACACUAGCAACACUAAUACGAUGGGUGGUGGUCUUUUCGGUUCCAAGCCUGCCGGAAGUUCAUUGUUUGGUAACAAUCCCUCAAACGCCGGUUCUGGUGGACUGUUUGGUACGCAGCAGCAGCAACAAGCACCUCCACAAGCUGCUAUAAAUUCAAUUUCUCAGCUUCCGAUUACUACUAUGACAAGAAUAAUAGAUCUUCCCCCUCAACUACGUCAAGAGAUAGAACAAUUGGAUCAAUACGUGCAGAGACAAGUGCAAAUUUCACAACAUUUGAAAGCAGACACAGAAGAACAUAUGGAGCUAAUUGGUUCAGUUCCCAGAGACAUUGCAUAUCUACUAAAAUUCGAAUCCCUAGCCAACCAAUCACUGGCGCAAGAUCUAAGGAAAUUGACAUCUAUCAAAGAAAUUACAGAUGCAAACUUAACAGAUACACAGACAUUUGCCAUAAUAUUACAACAACUACUGACGCCAGGUAGUAAAAUUUCAUCGAUGGAGUUGGACAAAUUUUUCCACCAUAAACUUCAAUCUUAUCAAAGCAAGUUGGACGAAUAUUUCCGUGUACUCUCUGACAUUGAAAGUGCAGUUAAUGGUAUCGAUAGUGAUGUUUUUGGAUCUAAGGCCGAUGGAUUCCAAGGUGGCACUUCAAAUGAUUCCUUGGAUGUUUUCGCAGUGAAAACCGGUUUAAACGCAUUAGUUUCUACAGUGGUGGAGGAGUUCCAAUUGUUUAUGGACACCGCUGAAAGAAUAGCAGAAUUGCAUCAAAAGAUGAAAGAAGUUACGGCUGAUCGCCUUCUAGUAUAG